AUCACCUCAAAGAAAGUGCCCACCUCCAUCAAAAAGAUGAGCUUGUUGGCAAACUUGAUUGCACACAAGCCUGUCUCGCAUGGCGUCCUGCAGAUGCGUUUCAGCAAUAAACGGCAUGCAACACAUCUUGCCAACUUACUGGAGAAUGCGCGGCGUGGAGCCAUUAGCAAAGGCAUGGAUGAGGAGUCGCUUGUGGUGGAUCAAGCUUGGGUGACAAAAGGCCAGUACAUCGAGCGGAAAUGGUACAAGGGACGUGGACGCAUGACGAUUCAGCGGCGGCCUCGAGUCGGGAUUGACGUGCGUGUGGUAGACAAGACGACACUUGAGCCACGCGUGUUGGCCAAGAAGGAGAAGCUCGUGAGGAAGCUGACGAAGCCGCAUCUCAUCAGCAGGCCCAUCUACCAGAGCAGCAUGUUUACUUGCUAA